AGCACUGCUACGCCGUUGGUAUUCCGGCACCGUACCAAAACACCUGAAAUGUUGAGCGCCUGAGAAGUAGUCUGCUCACCUACAAGCAACAGGACCCUAACUUGAUGCUAUAUCAAACUUUGCUUGGACUUGGCUUCUCGAUAAUUCCUUCUCGAACUCAGGCAUUAUAAAAUGCCUAUCUAUCACCCACAACUCUUUGCACCAGCCAGUACAGCGUUUACCAGACUCACGCUACUCAUCGCAUUGCUCUCUUGGCUCGUCCAGUUCCUUGUUUUCGCGAACAAUAGACUCAUCGUCGACACCGGAUACGCGAAGUAUCGUGGCAACCUUUCAUACCCCGACACCGUAGCAUAUCUUGGUAUUCCCUACGCAGAACCUCCCCUUGGUGACCGUCGAUUUCGCGCACCCAUCCCUUUGGACACGGCGCGAAUCGCACAAGAAGCGGAUGGCGCUAUUUUCGACGCGGCAUCCUACCCAAAUUUUUGUAUCCAGGGAUCUACUGGGGCUGGCGACGCCGGUGGGGCAGGCAGUGAGGACUGCUUGAAAGUCAAUAUAUAUUCACCCAUCAAUGGAAGCGAUUUACCUGUGCUCGUCUACAUCCACGGAGGAGCCUACGUUUACGGCAACCCUGCCAACUUUCCAUUCGACCAUUGGGUCCACCAGAGCCCAAACGUCGUCAUCGUCUCCAUCUACUACCGCCUUUCGUCCUUCGGGUUCCUUGCAAUCCCAGAAUUCGCAGACUCCACAAAUGGAGACUUCAAUGUAGGUUUUCUUGACCAAAUACAGGCCCUCAAAUGGGUCAAGCGAUAUAUACGGGCGUUCGGCGGGGAUCCGUCGAGAGUAACUAUCAACGGGCAGAGCGCGGGAGGGUCUUCAGUAGAACUUCAUCUCGUUGCGCAUGAAGAUGAAUCGUUGUUCUCUGGCGCUAUCGUGCAGAGUGCCUAUAGGGCCCCUCUUCCAUUCCCCGAGCAGCAACGGCCCUUGUUUGACUUUUAUGCCAAACGAGCAGGAUGUGGAUCUGGCAGCCUUGAUUUCAAAUUACAAUGCUUGAGAGAAGCCGACGUGAGCGCUCUUGCUCAUGCUCAAGAUGCCGCAGCAAGCGGUGAAUUUGCUGGUCCAUACAACGUCUUUCAUCCUGUCGUGGACGGCAAGAUCUUUACCGAAUUCCCAACAGUGUCCAUGGCUUUGGGGCAUUUCGCCCGCGUCCCUCUUAUCGUCGGUGCCACUUCUAACGAAUCGUAUGCUCCGGGGUACGAUAUCCCAUCAUCCUUGAAAAUCUUGUUCCCAGGACUGGAUGAACAAGACACUAGUGAAUACCUCUUGGCGUACCCAUCUUCAGACUUUGACUCCGAAGAACAAAGACUGGCCGCAGCGACCGGUGAAUCUUUGAAUCGAUGUUGUCGGCAAAUACUGGCCAGUGCGUAUUCCAGCCAAACGAUUAACACGUGGGCAUAUCGGUACAACCAACCCAAUCCGACGAGCGGCAGUCCUACCAUCGUCGCUCACGCAGCGGAGAAUUGGAUGAUGUUCCUAGGCAGCAAUACAGGAUACAAUGGUUCCGCGACAUUCAGCCCAAUGACACCAGAGGAAACAGCCUUCUCACAGGAGCUGAUCGCAUAUUGGCUCUCCUUCGUGCGGGCACAAGAUCCAAAUACUUUCAAGCUAAAGCGAUCACCCUCCUGGGAUCGCUUCUCCUUGGACGAGGAAAGACAGAUUGUUUUGCAACAGAACACUACAACGAAUGGGAGUUUCGUUGAACUCGCUGAUGAGAAAGAGGUGGCUAGGUGCCAGUUCGUUGCCAGUAAGGUGGAGAAGGAACAGAACUAGUAAGUACCGUAUGCCGAAGGUUCAGGGUGUCAGUAUGAUAGGA